AUGGCAACACAGAAAGAUUCCAUUCUGCUGUGUCUGGAUCCAAACACAGUGAAUAAAAAUCUCCAGCUGUCUGAGAAGAACACUGUGGCUACUCGCACUAAAUCAGUCCAGCAGUAUCCUGAUCAUCCAGACAGAUUUAGUGAUUUAAGUGAAGUUUUGUGUAGAGAGAGUUUGUGGGGACGCUGUUACUGGGAGGUUGAGAGGAGUGGUAGUGUCAGUAUAUCAGUGUCAUAUAAGAGCAUCGGCAGGAAGGGAUCGGGUGAUGAGUGUAUAUUUGGAUAUAAUAAUCAGUCCUGGAGAUUGUUCUGUGAUGACUCCAGCUGCUUCUUCACUCACAAUAACAAAAACACUGAUCUCCCUGAAGUGUUGAGUUCCUGUAGAAUAGGAGUGUAUGUGGAUCACAAUAAAGGAUCUCUGUCCUUCUACAGCAUCUCUGAUACAAUGAACCUCAUACACAGAGUCAACACCACAUUCACUAAACCACUUUAUCCUGGGUUUUGGAUCGAUCCAAACUCAACCAUAAAACUCUGCAAACUUAUAAUAUAGAAGACCGAGAUUACAUAAUAGUGUUUUAUCACAGCUUUGACCUACAUGAUUAUUUAGUAACAGUGAGAUGC